AGUACAAGAAGAACAAAACAAGUUAGACCUUGAGCCCUCCUUCCGGGCAGUCUAAAAACUGUAUAAUUAUUUAAAGUAGGAAUCCAAUAUCUAGUGUUCUUCCAUGUUUUACAUAUAUGGAUACACAUGUCCCUUCAUUGGGUACAAUUGCAGGAACCAAACCAUAACCGUCAGGCUUCUAAAAAUGUAUUUAUUUUUGUUUUAUUUUAAUAGUCAUUGUCAAUAAGUUUAGCGCACAGUUCAGUGGGCUGCUUAUGUGUGAGAGGGGUACUUCUUAUUUGCUGUUCUAUAAUUGAACAUUUAAAACGUUAAGAUAUUUUAAUAAAGACCUCCAAUUAAAUUCCGUAAGCUUUAGAUAAAGUUUAUAUAAGUUUUAACGAAUUGAUAAAUUGCACUUGAAAGCAGAAAUGUUGAUUAAACUAGUGGUGUAACAGAAGGAGGAAGUGGAAUUUGACUUAACAAACUUCUGCAUUUUAUCUUGCUUGCUGUCUCUGUAAACGCUUCAUUCCUUCAAAUUCACCCUUUUAGUCACAUCAACUUAAAUGAAUCCUUAGCAUGGCAUCGUCAAGCAGGUGCCUAAACACUUUCUUGGUGGUGGUCCGCCGAGUCGAGCCGCUCGUCGUACUCGCGCAGCUGGGCACGUCUUUGUUUGACACCGCGUUGCUCAUGGUGGUCAAGGACCGGUGCGCCAACGCCACCUACCCCCUCACCGACGCUCAUGUUUCCAGGGAGGACGACCAGCAGAGAGCCAUGUCUGACUUUUACAUGGUCAACAACCUCAUAAUCCAGUUGACACCAAUUGUGCCCGCCGUCCUCCUGGCCAAGGCGGGUGACAAGGGCUGGAGAAGAGCCCCCGUCGCGGUGCCCCUGUGCGGGUACCUGCUGUCUAGCGUCGCCCUCCUCCUGGUGGUUGUUUUAAAGCUGCCCAUUCAAGUGAUGUUCGCGGCAGCAGUUUUCUUCGGUAUUUCCGGUGGGUUCUGCGCUUACUGGCCCGGCGUCAUGACGUUGGUGUCGCUCGGUUCCACAACGGAAACUCGCUCCCAGGUAAUGAUGAGGGUGGAGCUGAUGUAUGGAGUGGCGGGUCUGCUAGGCAGUCUCCUGUCGGGGCAUGUUUUCCUGCUAUACAGCUCUAGUGUUGGAUACGGCACAGUCCUGCUCUGCAUUUGCGCUCUUCUUCAUCUCCUGAGCCUCAUUCACGCCACCGUGCUGCUGCAGGUAAGGCAAGUAUUAGGUGAGCCCGAUGACAGCAGCAGUCGCCUCCUCCCCCAGUCAUCCAACAGCAUCUCUGUGGAUAUCUCAACAAGGAGAAACAUGGUUAUCGUGAUUUUGCUGUUCUCCGCUGCUAUCUUAUACGGUUCCUCAGUGGGAGGCGCUGUCGAGAUCCUGGGCAUCUUUGUGUUGAAAGAGCCACUGCACUGGACUGCCAUGCAGGUGGGUUACGGGAAUAUGGCAGGCUUUGUGAUCUUCCUCAGCAGUUUCCUUGGCGCCAUUGUUUUCCGUCGCUGUGUGAGCGAAGUAACACUCAUCCUAAUUGGCAUGCUGUCAUUCGCCUCUGGAAUCUACCUCAUGUCUUUUGUCACCACAUCCUACAUGUUCUACCUUGCUCGGUCGCUGAGUCUCUUUGCUCUCAUUCCAUUGCCUACAAUCAGAUCGCUGCUCUCACAACAAGUUCCAACAUCAUUAUGGGGCAUCACCCUGACCGCGCUCCAGCUGGCUCUGAGGUUUGCUGCUCUGGCAUACAUCCCCGCCUUCACUAAACUCUACCAGAGAACACUAGGCUGGUCCCCAGGCUUUGUCUUCAUGCUCUCGAGCAUACUGGCAGUUCUCGGAAUGAUACCCAUCAGUGUCGUGGGAUUCAUCUGGUCUCGCUCCAUACGCCCUGUGGAGACAGAGGUUACGCCUGAGAGAAACCGUGUGGACAAGGAGAACUAAAGCACACGUUUUAAAAAGCUAAAAUCAACACAACAGAGAAGGAAACAAGCAGGUGUGCAAAUGUAAGCCAUCAUAAAGCUAUCUUUUAAAUUUAAGAAUGGAUGUAAACCUGUCGACAACACACCAAGACAUGAAAAAAAAAAUCUGUGCCCGAGCUGACGUGACUUAUAACUUGUGCAAUACUAAAUAUUGUAUCAUAAACAUUUCAUUGUUAUUUAAAAGUACAUUUCCAUUGUAAACAGGAUGAAUAAAUCCAUAAAAUCUGAGUGGAUAAAUAUCAAAUCAAUUUAUUUUAUUGGUUCAAUAUAUACCAAAAUAAUUUGAGGUAAAGAUAAUUGCAUCAAAACAUCAAUAUACAGACUUUUAUGUUAUUACAAGAUGUUCAAGUGUACAGUAUGGACCAAAAGUAAAAUGUAAACAUCAGGGUGCAACAGACAGAGCAGAACUCAAGUUAUUAACACUUAGCAUUGAAAAAAAAAACAUUCUUCAGUGAUGCCAUGAAAUAAAUGACUUAUACAUUUGGGUUUGGCAAUUAUUAAUAAAUUUGCACAAUUAAACAGAAAAAUACCCCAAAAAAUUUGUACAGAAUAUACCUUGGCAUCCAUCUUCGCCCUCAUAUAUUAUCAAAACAAAGUAAAAUCACAUAAAAAAUGAUCACUUUUGCCAAAGACCUUUUUAAGAAAAAAAGUUUCAAGCGGGAGGAAUCGUGUAGUGCAGCAAUAAGUCAGCAGGCAAAAUCUAACAUGAAGCUAUAAAAAAACUAGAAUCAAUGAUGUUGAGGUUCAAUUUCAGUACGUUAGCUUACAAAUAGUAUUGUCAUUGACAAUGUGUCCCUUAGUAGUUUCAUUUUCACAUUAAACGGACCCAAAUGACAACUUCUCAGCGGGGAUAAAUGACACAAAAGAAGAGCAUCUUUUAAUUAAAAAAAAAAAAAAAAAAAAAAAAAAAAAGUACAUCAUUCGUUUGGAGCCGGAAUCCAGCUGAACAUUUCUUUGAAUGCAGGCCAACUAGGGACCUGAAAUUAUUCCCUCAUACUUCUUGUGCUUUUAUUUUAAUAUGCCUCUGAACAGGACUGCACCAGGCAAUUGACUACUUUAUCAGCUGUAUAGUCGUACUUAAAAAAAUAUGAUCCCCAUUAGAUAUCACAUGUAUUUGAAAAGGUAACAACCUUGCAAAACUUUACCAUAAAUCAACAAAACAAGGCAGCCAUCUAUUUGAAAGCAAAUAAACGUAAUGUUGGUUUGAAUCAUGUUGAGUAAAUCAUGUUGAGUAAAACUUACUACAUCUGUAUGACAACGAUGUACCUUUACAAAGAUAACGCACCCUUUUGAAUGCCACUGUCAAAUUGUUAUUUCUAAAAUGAACUAAGGUUGUUUGUAACCAAGCUAAUCAGAAUUACGACAAAAUGAAAGCAAAUGACUUGCAAGACGAAUCAGAGAUAGAUAAUCCCUUUUUUACCUUGAGGUUUCAUCCAAUAUUCCAUAUUUUGAUGCAACAGGAAUUAAUAUUUUAUUAAGAUGAUGUACGCAUUUACUGCAGGGUGUUUUUUCCUUUUCAUUCACACUGCUACUGUUCAUCUGCCUUGCGUGACAUUGAGAUAAGACAGGUGGAUAUUUUCCUUCAAAGCAAACAUUUUAAAGGUGCUAUGAAAUGGUAACAUUUCAUUUAAAAAAUAAAAUAAAUGAAUGCACCAAUGUUAUUUACAUUUUGCACUCAAAUCUGGCUGUUUUUAAAAUUUAAUAGUUAUCCCAGCCAAAACAAUGCAUC